GCAUUUAGUACAAAGUACAAGUUUCUUGCAGACUUAUGGAUAGUAAAGUUUAACUUCUGCUAAGGCUAAUUUUAUUGAAAGUGCAGGGAGUGAAAAUAGGUUUUGUUUCACACUGUUUGCAAAUUGUGUAGAUUUGGAAACAUAGGGUUAGUAAAACAAAGGUGAACGUAAAAAGAAAAGCAGUGGUGUGGUGAACAAUAUAGCAUUUGUUUAAAUAUAGUGCAGUCUUACAGUCCAGUUUGAUGGUGGUGUUGAAAUUGUAGACUGGGUUUAUGCUGCGUCAAUUUUGGCACGAUCGCUGUUUUAUGAUUCCAUUUCGGCAACAUUUUUCAUAGUUUACCGGUGUCAUGUAUGAGGUACUGUGAUUUCCUUUCACUUCAGAGAGAGAUCAGAAAGAGACUGGUUAGGAGCACCAGAGCAGCCAUUCUUGGAACCAAGGCAAAAUGAAGACUUUAAUCAUUGGGAUUGGAGGUGUAACAAAUGGUGGGAAAACAACCUUGGCAACGCGACUUAAGCAAAAGCUUCCAAACUGCAUGGUUGUCUCUCAGGAUGAUUAUUUUAAGCCAGAUUCAGAAAUAGAGAUAGAUGAGUAUGGUGUUAAACAGUAUGAUGUCAUUGAUGCAGUUGACAUGGAAGCUAUGAUGGCUCAUGUGUGUGCUUGGAUCAGUAACCCAAAGGAACAUUUGAAUUCAAAAUGUGAUCACCUGGAAACAAAUUCUGAAAACUGGAAAGAAGUUUACAUUUUAAUUGUUGAAGGAUUUCUUCUUUAUAAUUACAGGCCACUUGAUGAUGUCAUUCAUAAACGUUAUUAUCUUUGCAUUCCAUAUGAUGUGUGCAAGAGUCGAAGAAGUUCUAGGUCUUAUAAUCCACCAGACCCACCCGGAUACUUUGAAAGAUAUGUCUGGCCAUUGUAUAUGAAAAACAAGCUGGAGAUGGAACAACAUUCACAGGGUUUAGUGUACAUUGAUGGAACAAAAUCCAAGGAUGAAAUAUUUUUUAUGGUGAUAGAUGACAUACUAGGAGAGAUCAAAAAGUGUUUAGGUUGGAAGAACUGUAUCCAUGACACAAGUGUUUCAGGCCCUACACUUAUCAAUUAGGAGUGUUAAACGAAUUUUGAAAAUGGGAAAUCAUGAUGUCUACUUUUAUCUUAUUCCAAAAUAAUUUUUUCCAUGGAUAUAUUAAUUUUCUGCAAUUUGCUAGCUGCAAGAAAGUACUGAGAUCAUGUUUUCCUGAAAAAAAAAAUAACAACCUUGGUAACAAAAAAAGAGAAUGCAACUUUUGUAAUCCCUUCAGGCUGACUUUGACUUUAAUUGUACUAUUGGAUGCCAGCUGACUUAAUGCUAUGUAUGAAGAUUGUAAAUAUUUGAACUUGUAAUAUUACACAUUUAUGAUUCAGAACUUUGUCAUGACAUGUGGGUUCCAUUCAUUCAGUUGGAACUUCAUGUGAUAAAGCUAUGCAAUUCCAAUUGCUGUAUACUUUGUAGUGGUGGACUUGUAUUAAUAUCUGAUUGUCCUUUUCAUUUCAUAAUAUAUGGAACUUGAUUAUU